AUGGGUAAUUCCCUUGACCGGUUGGCCGGUUAUGAGGAGGAAUCAACGGCAGAUGGUGCAGAAUCAAGAAAAAGAAAGAACGGUGAAGUAAAUGAAUCGCCUCCGAAAAAGAUCACAAAGUUGGACACUGCUAAAUACGUCUAUGAACGACUAUUUCUGCAGGGUGAAGGAUCUGACGUAACUGUCUACGCGGUCGGCCAUGUUUGGCACCUACAUAAACUCUAUCUACAACAAUGCAAGUAUUUCGAGGUGCUAAUGCGAGGUGAUUGGAAAGACUCCAAAGAAGAUCAGAUCUUUUUAACUUUUCCCGACGAAAAUGUUACACAGGAAGGUGACACUUUAUCUUUCUAUUUCUCCCUUUUGACUUGA